CGUCAUUAUUCAUGUUUGUAAACAAAAUUUCGCGAGUAAAAGUUCGUGUUUCCACCAUUUUUCAGAUUUAUUUAACAAAAUCCAGUGAAAUUUCUAUUAUCUCAAAUAGUUUUCAAUUGAAUAAUGGGAUUUCUAACGAUACUAAAGAAGAUGAAGCAAAAAGAGAAGGAAAUGCGAAUACUGUUGCUAGGUUUGGACAAUGCUGGAAAAACGACCAUCCUCAAGCGGUUCAACGGGGAACCGAUCGAUCAGAUUUCACCCACACUUGGAUUUAACAUAAAAACACUAGAAUAUAACAACUACACCCUGAACAUGUGGGACGUGGGUGGCCAAAAAUCGCUUCGAUCGUACUGGCGGAACUAUUUCGAGUGCACGGAUGGUUUGGUGUGGGUGGUGGACAGUACCGAUCGGAUGCGGAUGGAAUCGUGCCGAGAGGAGCUCGCGGUGCUGUUGCAAGAGGAGCGACUGGCGGGUGCCACACUGCUGGUGCUAGCUAACAAACAGGAUCUUCCGGGGGCGCUGACGGCCAAUGAGAUAAGGGAAGUGCUGCAGCUGGAGAAGAUUGAAACGCAUCAUUGGGCGAUCUACGGGGUCAGUGCCGUCACCGGAGGGAAGCUGGUCGAGGCCAUCGACUGGCUGGUGGAUGACAUUUCCAAACGGAUUUUUACACUAGACUAGUCUCGCGGUAAGUGAUUUAUUCCAUAAAUAUUAUUUAUUUUCAAGCUUAAAUAUUAAAA